AUGGCCACCUGCAUGGCUUUCUCCAUGCUCAAAACCUGUGCGAUCAUGUGUACGAACCGGACCAAGACUCCGCUGUCUUCCAGGAGCCUGCAGAGCGGAAGCACCACGGAAAAGGGAUGGGACGUGGCGGAAGGUAGCAGCAAACGCACGGUGGUCUGUAUGGAUGCUCUGGAGUGGAUGAUGCAGUCGGAGAAUGAAGGAUUGAAAGGCGGCAUGUUUGUUGGGUCGGUCCUGACGUCGUUGCCAGACAUCAGUGAGCUACAGUUUCCGCAAGUGAGCGAAGGGGAGAAACUGGAGAGAUACAAGGGAUGGUUUGUUGACACAGCAGCGAUGAUUCUGAACAGAAUCCCAGCAGGCCAGUUUGCAAUCUUUUAUCAGUCGGACGUCAGGGUGUGCACAAAGGAGGGGCAGGUGGAAGAUUGGAUAGACAAGGCUGCGCUGUGCUACGAGGCAUCCAAGAGGACGAGCUGCAAGCAGCUGUGGCACAAGUAUGCGCUGACCUGCUCUCCGGGGACGAGAUCUGUCGGAAGACCAACCUUGUCGCAUAUCGUCUGCUUCAGCAACGGAGCGACGUACAAGAGAGAUCGCUUUCCUGCGCCAGACGUCUUCUACCGUGGCGAAAUGAUCUGGCCAAGGGCCAUCGGGUUGGAUGCCUGUGUGCUCUGCCUUGCGUUCUUGCGCAACCUUGGGAAUGUUUCCACCGUGAUCGAUCCGUUCUGUGGACGGGGCACGACCCUUGCUGUUGCAAAUGCUCUGGGGAUGGAUGCCGUCGGCGUCGAGCUCUCGCCAAAACGCUGCAGGAUCGCCACGAGCUUGAGUUUGGAGGAGAAGAUCAGCGGAAGCUCCAGGUUGGACCCUAAGCAAAGAGGAAAACAUGGGAUCCCGCGCUUGCUCUUCGACACGCCAAAGAAGUCAGGCUCGCCGGGUCGAGCUCGGAGUUCAGAAGAGGAGGAAUAA